AGCAGCAGCAGCAGCAGCAGCAGCAGCAGCAGCAGCAGCAGCAGCAGCAGCAGCAGCAGCAGCAGCAGCAGCAGCAGCGCUCGUUUCCGGAUUUCCCAGCAGCCCUUGAAGCGCUCGUCCCUCCCCCUCACCCCCUCCCCUCCUCUCGGUCCAGCAGCAGCAGCAGCGCUCGAGCAGAACGGGAGGACUAGCAUGGCGCUCCCGCUGCUUCCACGCUCCUUUUCAUCGUAGAAUUCACCCACGUCUCCUCUCUGGAUGGAGCAGCCAUGGCAAUAGUCCAGGCAUGGGAGUGACGUGAUGCUGCUUGAGCUGCGUCAGAGCAAAAGCCCCCGUCAUGACCGUCUGAAGUGACGCCAGAGGAUGGACGAGUCUGUGUUGCUGGAUUUGCUGGAGUGCCCCGUUUGUCUGGAGCGGCUUGACGCCUCCGCCAAGGUUCUGCCCUGUCAGCACACCUUCUGCCGAAGAUGUCUCCAAGGCAUCCUGAGUUCCCGCGGGGAGCUCCGCUGUCCGGAGUGUCGGACGCUGGUGGAGUGUGCGGUGGACGAUCUACCGAGCAACAUCCUGCUCGUGCGCCUGUUAGACGGCAUCAAGCAGAGGCCGCGGAAGGCCGGCGCCGGACCUGCUGUCUGCACAAACGGUACACCUGGAGCCACGGCCAGAGCACAGGGAGCCGGGACCAAGGACCAGAACGGCCCGGGAGCGCCAACCCAGCGCGCUCAGGCUAAGAGCACAGCUGUUAGGGGUGUACCGCAGCUCCCUUGUGCCAAAGCCCUAUAUAACUAUGAUGGGAAGGAACCAGGAGACCUCAAAUUCAGCAAGGGUGACAUCAUCAUCCUGCGACGACAAGUCGAUGAAAACUGGUACCACGGAGAGAUGGGUGGAGCCCAUGGAUUUUUCCCCACCAACUUUGUCCAGGUCAUCAAGCCUCUGCCGCAGCCCCCGCCCCAGUGCAAAGCUCUGUACGACUUUGAGCUUAAAGACAAAGAGGCUGACAAAGACUGUCUGCCAUUCUCUAAGGAUGACAUCCUGACAGUGAUCCGUAGAGUAGAUGAAAACUGGGCAGAGGGAAUGCUGGGAGAUAAAAUUGGAAUUUUUCCCAUCUCAUAUGUGGAGUUCAACUCAGCAGCACGUCAGCUCAUAGAGUCGGACAAACCGUCUGACUCCAGUGGAGACUGUGGGGAAGGGGCCUCCUCAGGACCCCAGAGCAAUGGUGCCCAGCGAGCAGGGGAGAAGAAGAACACCAAGAAACGACAUUCCUUUACCUCUCUCACUAUGUCCCAUAAGCCUGUGCUUGCUCCUCCCCCUCAACGCCACUCUAUGGAAAUUAGCGGGCCAGUCCUCAUCAGCUCCAGCAACCCAACGGCGGCUGCUCGAAUUGGAGAAAUCAGCGGAGGGCUUUCCUGCAGUGCACCUUCACAAGUACAUAUUUGCACAACUGGGCUAAUUGUGACCCCGCCCCCUAGCAGUCCUGUUACCACUGCAACGGUCUUCACAUUUCCAUCGGAGACGAGCUACACGUCCAUUCCUUUGGACAUCCUCCCACCACCCCCACCUCCUCCCCCGCAGUCCUCCGUUAGCGGGGCAGCGUAUUCACUGGCCGCUGGGCAGAGACCCUCCCCCAGUACAAGUGACCAAAGCGGGAGACAAAGGCCCACAGUCUAUGUGGCCAUGUUCCCAUACACUCCCCGUAAGGAGGAUGAGCUGGAGCUGAGGAAAGGAGAGAUGUUUCUGGUGCUGGAGCGCUGUCAGGACGGCUGGUUCAAGGGCACCUCCAUGCACACGGGCAAGAUCGGCGUUUUUCCUGGGAACUACAUGAGCCCCGUCAGCAGGGCGUCUGGGAGCACCAAAGGGCCCAUGAGUCUGUGCAACCAGGCUGGCAGAGGAGUCGCCAUCCUCAGCCCCUCCUCCACUCCCCUCGGCGCCACAGCUCCAGGGACGGACUUGAACCCAACCCCCCCUGUGUGUUCCAGCGCGGUACCUGCCAGCACCCAUCCUGCAGCUGUGGUAACAGCAGCUCAGACCGCCACAGGCCAGCAGCCAAAAGCUCCCCUGCACGUCAGCCCACAGAUGACUGUGAAUCAGGCCCGCAGUGCUGUCCGGACAGCUGCCUGUCACUGUCAGGACAGGCCUGCGGCGGCAGUGACGCCUGUGCAGGCCGCAGCACCUGUCACCUUCCUCCCACACCUGGUAGUUUGUCAGCAGUCCUCCUCCAAUCCAGCUCAAGGCUGCGCCCGGGCAGCGGCGGCGGCCAUGGGCUGCGCGGCCGCCUCUCUGACCCCACCCAACGUGAGUGCCACGUGUCUGGAGGGAGAAACACCGAGACCCGUGCCUGUGUGCCCUGGAAGCGGAGCUGCCGUCAGCGCCUCCUUCGCCGCCGCAGCUCUGGCCUGCCGGGCAGACAAGGAUGUGAAGAGAGAAAAGAAGAGUCUUCUGAAGCUGUUGUCCUCCAACAAGAAGAGGUCCCGCCCUUCUCCCCCCUCCUCCCCCACCCUGGAGUCGGAGCAGGUCGCUGCAGGAGAGCUGCUGCACGGCGCCGUGGGCCCCGACACCUCCCCGCCCUCAAGCUCCGUCAGCUGCUUUGAGCCUGAACCUGCUGCUCCAUCCUCCUCCUCUCAUUCAUUCCUGGAGGCCUCACAGCGGAAGAGCAGUCCUCUGGACCCCCCCAUUGCUCCGCCCCCUCGCCAGCCUUGCUCCUCCCUGUCCCAGCAGCACGACGCACGCUCCAUCAUAUGUGAGAGGUACAGGGUGGUGGUUUCAUACCCUCCUCAGAGCGAGGCUGAGCUGGAACUCAAGGAAGGCGACAUCGUGUUCGUCCACAGGAAGAGGGAGGACGGCUGGUUCAAAGGCACGCUGCAGAGGAACGGCAGGACCGGGCUGUUCCCCGGCAGCUUCGUGGACGUGAUGUGAGUCCACAGGACCGCCGUGCCGACUGACACCUUAGGUCCAGAAAGGUGUUCACAGACAGCACACUACCCAUCAAAUGGUAUUGUUGGUUAUUUAUACAUUUGGUAAAUGUGUGCCUUGUACUGUUCCACACUUUACUGUACAGACAGACACAAGUAUGUGUAGUCCUCAAGCAACCCAUAUCAACUGUUUCUAUCAAGCAUUUUAACUUAUUUGGUGUUCUGUUGUACCGUAGAUUAAGGGCUUUUUGUCUUAAUGAGCACAUUAGCUACUCUCUUCUCCUCCAGUUCCAGCAUCACUCCGUGUGGUGAGAAAGACGCUGCUCUGCGGUCUUUACCUGCAGCAGUGUUUGGAACCUCCAGCUUCAGUCUGAGCUGCGCCUGCUAGGAGAGGCCACUGAAGCUGCAGGGGUUUGGGGCUUUGGCAUGUUAGAGGCUGCUGGACUGUCUGGCUGCUUGGAGACACUUUGCAGUCAGAUUGAGCUUAAUUUGUACAUUGUUUGUAUUUACUGACCAGAAUAGCUGCUCCUUUAACCUUUUGGCGAUAGCCAGACAGAGCUCUGCCACACUCAGAGCCAUACUUCAUGGUUUCAGUGUAUAUUUAUGAUUUAGACAUUUCACCUGCUGCUCGUGGGGUUUGUGGCGUGUAACUAACCCAGCCUUCAUUCAGUGAGGGGGUGGGGGGCUCAGAUUUGUACACACUAACUCGUUAUUAAUGUGACCUGUGGCAAUAAAACAGCCGGCUAACAGAAGAAAGCACAGAAUGUUGUUCCUGCAGCAGCGUGUUUGCUGGUGUCCACACACACACACACACACACACACACACACACACACACACACACACACACACACACACACAGUGUGCUUCUAUGGAAAAUACGAUUUUUCACGUUGAAAUCCAUCUUUGAGCCUUUUUGUUUUGAUCUAUGCUGUACUUGAAUUUCCUUCUUCUGGAAACGCUUUGGCCAAACAUGGAAACAAACAGUCACAGCUGGUGAUGCUGGAAGUGUAAUGUUGGAUCACCAGAACAGACUGACGUGUGUUCACUGAGGAGCUCACAGCAUCAAUGCCUGUGUCCCUCGGGGCGUCCCUCGGGGCGUCCCUCAGAGGGUCAACAAACGUUUCAGGACUACACUCAAACCUGUUUUUUUUUCAUUCUUUAGGCCGGAGUUUCAAGCACAUGUUUUUGUUUUGUUGUUUGUUGAGAGGGACCACUGUCUAACUGGCUGACGGAAUAUGUUUUUACUAAUUGGAGAUGUGGAGAUGAGAAUGGUACGGAUCACUGUUGGGGCCUUUUUGAUGUCCUGAAAUGAUUUACCUGACGUUGCAUUAUUGUCUUAGCAAUCACACCGACCUGGAGCCUUUUGCUAAGGGGGGUGUCUUUGUGUCACUGCAGAGCCUUUAGCCCAGAAACCCAGCAGAAAUGGACAUGUGCACCAUCACCGCAUGUCUGUAACCUUUGAUGCUGCACCUUCUCUGAACCAGAAUCCAUGAUUGGAACCUUAGAUUUCUUCAAACUGAUGGCAGCUGAGGUUUGCUUGCCCCAGCUUAACACCUUUUUUUUUAAGUCUGUUAGUCGGUUUUCUGUCUGAGAUUAGUGAAACUGAAAAUUGUUUGGCACAUGUGGAGAUAAAUAUGACAAAGUGUUUGAGGGAAAUCGCACAUUUUGUAUAAAAAAUUCUAAUAAAUGAUUUGCAAACGUC